AAGUCUCUCAACUCUCCAGUCUUCGCCUCCAGUGCUGUUUCUCUCCUCCGGCUUGUCGCUUUCCCAGGUUGCCAUCCCUGUUGGAGCCCUGUCACAUCCACAUCCCUCCCCUGCGCAUGCCAAAGAAACGGCCACUGGCAUCAUUGUCUUUGCUCUCUUGCGUGGCUGGCCAAUACAUAUAGCCAAGCCGACCGGGGCCAGCUGGACAUCGCGACAGGGAGAAUAAAACCACACGGACGCACAGCCCUGCCUGCUCUCUGCCCUGUCCUGUCCCAUGAACAUAUCAAAAACCUGCUGUUGCCCUUCCCUGCCCGAUAUCGACAUUUCCUCCGCCUUCAAGAAUAGCUGGUGAUUUUGAUUCUGCACUCUUAGUACCUGUGAAUCAUCUCAUCACAUACAAUUACCUCAACCGCAGCUGGCGACCUCCCUCCUUCAAUAAAUUCAUGUCUCGAUAAUCGCCAUUUGCAGUCCGCACCAUGUCUACGACGACUAGCAGCGCCGCUGCGGCGACGACCACAAAGACCUUCGGGGACGGUCAGAGUCAAGAAGGCAUCAGCCUGGUAGCUUUCAUCACUGCGUUGGCUACUUCGCUGGUUAUUUUUGGCAUCCAGAUGCUGGCAUUUAUCUUGCUGAAAAAUAAGCUGGCCCGCAUAUUUAAACCAAAAACCUACCUAGUCCCUGAACGAGAGCGGACAGAUCCCCCGCCACGAAGCCCCUGGGGCUGGCUCGUUGCCAUAUUCCGAUUUACCGAUCGAGAAGUCAUAAACAAGUGUGGUCUCGAUGCCUAUUUUUUUCUGCGAUACCUGCAGACACUCUUGGUCAUAUUCAUACCUCUGGCGCUCGUUAUUCUGCCGAUUUUGGUACCCCUCAAUUAUCAUGGAGGACGUGGGCCUCACUAUGCGAAUGAGACCGCAGGUACAAGCGAACAAGGAAUCAAUGUCAAGGGAUUGGAUGUGCUAGCAUGGGGAAACGUUCGACCAACGCAUACCCAUCGAUACUGGGCGCAUUUGAUUUUAGCAUUGCUCGUUAUUGUUUGGGUUUGCAGUGUCUUCUUCACAGAAUUGAGAGUUUAUAUCAAGGUCCGACAAGACUAUUUGACCUCAGCCGAGCAUCGAUUGAAGGCAUCAGCAACUACUGUCUUGGUCAGCGCCAUACCAUCGAAAUGGUUGACUACGGAAGCUCUCAGUGGGCUUUACGAUGUAUUUCCUGGAGGAAUUAGAAACAUCUGGAUCAACCGAAACUUCGAUGAAUUGCUUGAAAAGAUCAAGCAACGAGAUGAAAUAUUCCUCAAAUUAGAAGGUGCUGAGACGGAGCUAGUUAGGAUGGCAAAGAGAGCCCAGAAAAAGCAGCUCGAAAAAGAUGAGAAGUAUAAUGCGAAGCAAUCCCGACAAAAGCAAACUAAAGUGGACAAAGAGCAGCGGCUGAAGGAUGAAAACGCCAGGGCUGAAGCAUUAGCUCAAUCUGGGGGCGUGAGCACGGGAGAUCCACAUCAGGUACCUCAUACGGUUGACGAUGCUAUAGAUGAGGAAGAGCAGAGAGCAAGAGAGCAGGGUACUGAAAACGGUACACAUGGAACAGAGCGCAAGAGAACUUUCAAGGUUCCUGCAAUUGGUGGAGGUUUGGCUGCCGUUGGGCAAGGAUUUGAAGCUGUUGGUCAAGGUAUUGGGAAAGGCUUCAACACAGUGGGAGAUACUGUUGUUGGCGGGGCUCGAAACGUUGGGCGAGACAUCAAUAACCAGGUCGAGACAACGAACGGCUUCAUGAAUAUGGAUGCAGGAUCCAUAGCGGAAGACGAUGCGUAUGAUCAAUACGGCCGAUAUCGAGGAGAUCUUGCUACCCGUCAAGCUGCUGCGGCUGGUGGUCCCUUUGGCGCUGGUUCCGACGCGGACGCGGAGAAGCGAAGACAGCGACAAGCAGCCGAUGAGGUCUCACCAGUAUCUUCUAAGGCUCCUGGACUUCAUGGAGGUGACAUGAGGUUGCCAGGGAACAAAACACGCCAAGCAACAUACCAGCAAGGUAAUGACGGUGCAGCCGAUGAUAGUCGGGGUUGGGAAUUUCUCAAGUUUUGGAAAGCUCCAUCAGGAGGUUUUGCCUCACCUUUGCCAACCGGUUAUGAGCAAGGCGACGAGUUUCCACUCACACAGGAGGAUGGUGGUCGAGGAUCUGUGUCCAAACCCAGAGCUGACGCAGACGAGAAAAAGGGAUUCUUGCAGAAGGUUAAAUCUGCCAUCCCUUUUCUUGGCGGCGAGGGGAAGGAGAAGCCCGACUACCCUAUUGCAUACAAUGAAGAGUACAUGGAAGAUGCACACGGUGCUGUAUGGGAGCGCUAUUUGAAAGAAAAGGACCGACCAACUCACAAGAAUCCGAAAGCUAGCUGGUUCCCUGCUUGGCUGACCUGGAUACCAUUUACUGGCAACAAGGUCGAUACAAUCUACUGGUGCAGGGGAGAGCUUGCCCGUCUGAACCUCGAGAUUGAGAUAGAUCAAAAGCAUCCAGAACGCUUUCCGUUGAUGAAUUCCGCCUUCAUCCAGUUCAACCAUCAAGUUGCUGCACAUAUGGCUUGCCAAUCUGUUACCCAUCAUGUGCCGAAGCAGAUGGCCCCCCGGUCCGUUGAAAUCUCUCCCAAGGAUGUCAUAUGGGAUAACAUGUCCAUCAAAUGGUGGGAAGCCUGGUUCAGAACUGCGGUAGUGUUCGGUAUUGUCGGUGGUAUGGUGGUUCUUUGGACCUUCCCUGUCGCCUGGACGGCUUCUUUGGCUCAGAUCGAGGGACUGGCAGCUGAGUAUCCUUGGCUCAAUUGGCUCAACAAGAUCCCGCACAAAGUACUCCAAGCGAUUGCAGGUGUUUUGCCAGCUUUGGUCUUGGCUAUCUUGCUGGCUCUGGUUCCUAUGAUACUGCAGUAUCUAGCUUCCGUUCAAGGGGCCCAGACCGGUUCCGAGCAGCAACGGAGUGUGCAGAACUACUACUUUGCAUUCUUGUUCGUACAAGUCUUCCUCGUUGUCUCUAUCUCUGGAGGUGCUCUUGCAGCACUUACCAAUGUAACGGAUAUCACUUCGAUUCCGAAUACUCUCGCAACUCAGCUUCCGAAGGCCGCAAACUACUUCUUCUCCUACAUGAUUCUACAAGCAUUGUCAACGAGUUCUGGAACCCUGCUUCAAAUCGCUACACUGAUCAUGUGGUACUUACUUCCAAAGCUUUUUGACAACACGGCCAGACAGAAGUGGAAACGAAAUACAACUCUCCCAACCGUCACGUGGGGCAAAUUCUUUCCGGUCUAUACCAACUUCGCAUGUAUUGCUCUAAUCUACAGCGUUGUGUCACCCAUAAUUAUCAUCUUUGCCAUCAUCACAUUUACGCUCCUCUGGAUUGCACAUCGCUAUAACAUGCUUUACGUUACUCGAUUCCAACUCGACACCGGUGGACUGCUUUAUCCUCGGGCCAUCAACCAAACCUUCACUGGACUGUAUGUCAUGCAGCUCUGCAUGUUUGGCCUCUUCCUCUUAGUCAGAGAUGAGAACGACAAUGCAAGCUGUAUCCCGCAGGCCAUCAUAAUGAUACUUGCCCUUGGGUUUACGGUUCUCUACCAGUAUCUGCUCAACAUAUCUUUUGGGCCUCUACUCAACUUCCUGCCGAUCACAUUCGAGGAUGAAGCUGUUCUUCGAGACGAAGCUUUCGAGAGAGCUCAAGCCCGUCGUCUUGGCCUGGACGAAACUGAGGAGGAUGAUGAAGCGACCGCAAUUCCUCAGCACGAUGGAGCGAUCGAGAUGUCGAAAAUCAACUCUGGAGGAAAGUUCGCCAAGUUCAAUCCCGUGAACAUCGCCCAUGGAGCCGGAACUUGGGCUGCCAAAUCGGGUCGCCAAAUCAGAGCAAAGACCGUUGGCAACAGCACUGGCAACGACGGAGCCCAGGAAAACGUCUCUCCCCAACCUCAUCGUCGUAAGCGCCAUCGUGAUAUCGAGGCACAGAUGAAGAUUGCAGAUGCUUUGUACGGUGGCUACAAUGAUGAAAUCGAGGACCUAACGCCUGAUGAGAGAGAUGUGCUUGUCAGACAUGCGUUCCAACAUUACGCUCUUCGGGCUAGAAGACCGACUGUGUGGAUCCCUAGAGAUGAUAUUGGAGUGAGCGAUGAUGAGGUCAAGAGGACGAGAGAGUUUGCUGGGAAUAAUAUUUGGAUCAGUAAUGUUGGUGCCGCCUUAGAUGGGAAGGCUAGGGUGGUUUAUGGGAGGAAUCCUCCCGAUUUCUCAGAGGUUGAUCUGAUCAAUCUUUGAUCUAAAGGAAUUUGGUUGAGGUGUGGUUCUGACACUAGACAUGGGUGGACAUUGGAGGGGAGUGUCAUUGUACAAAGCUUGGGUUUAAAUUUAGCGGCAUGGCGUUGGGUCUUCCGGCAUUGCUUUAUCGUCUUGUGCGGCGUGGUUACCACAGGAUAUACACGCAUGGAAGAGCAUUAUAUACCAGCUGUAUCAGCAUCACAGCAUAGAAAUGAGUGAAAUCAAGACUUCAACAACAUAGAGGCAACCUUAGUCGAUCAUAUGCCAGUAAAGUUUCCUCUCGUAAUAAGGACUCACUGGGAAUUCUCUGUCUCGGAUCCUCCUCUUUGAACCUUUCCCCGCCUCGGCGCAGGCACAUCAGGCAACAGUUGAACACCCAAAAUCCACCUACACACUUCCCUUGCACUCUCCUUCGCCACACUCUCGCUCUGUCCUCUAACACGCUCCUCGUCAGUCUCCCACACAAUGCCUAGAAUCCUGCCCUCCAUAUCCCCCUCUUCUUUCUUUCCUCCGGAUCGACUCUCCUCUCGUAAGACCAGAAUCCGUAUGAUAUAGACAAGGUUACCUGUCCAGCUACGGACCAUGAAGAGGCGCAUUAUCUCGGGGCCGGUACUCUGCUUGUGAGAACCUUCGGGUAAACCUCCAGAAGUCCCACCCUCUUCCUUCUUCUCAGAACUCGACUCUGUUCCUGAGUCCUCCUCCACAUCCUCAUCACUGUCCUCCCCGACACCCGUUCCAAUUCCCCCAUCACUACCGGCCUGGUCAUCAUCCCCAUCCCUCGAAUAAAUAAACCACUUAUCUUCCAUUUCUUGAGGCGAAAAUCCCCGUCUGAGAUUAGCCAUCUGUGCCGGGGACAGAGGGACGUUCCAUGGUGCGGACACAGGUUUGGAGAUGGGCUUCUGGCGCGUUGGGGGCGCGGUGCGUGGUUUUAGGCGUUGUAGAUCGGAAUCAUGACCUUGACCGUACAGAGACCAGUGCUACGGAAGGGGUUAGGAUAUGUAGCAUAGAAGCUGUUGACGGGUUGAGGAGCGAGAGUCAAUGAACAUGAGCCUGAGCUCGAUCGCUAAAUUAUGAAGAUUUUAGAGAGAGAGCGAAACAUGACCUCCUACCAUAAGAGCAGCUCGUUCGGAUGGUGUGAGUUCUGGAGAUGAGGUAUUGUUUGCAGGAUCUGCUGGUGAAGGCGCAGGGGAGGAAGACAUCGCUCCCUGAUUGCGUAGGUAGAUGUGAAUAUGUGCAGGAGAACUGGUGAGAGUUUUGGCUUUGGACUUUGAGAGAAGAACAACCAGAAAUACGAAAUGAUGGGUGGGUGAGAAGUCCUGG